CUACUAAAUAAAACAGUUUACAAUGACUACAUUUUACUAGUAGCCUUAGUGUGUUAGUUUUACUAUAGUAAAAUGUUACUACAGUAAUUUCCCUGUGGGAUGAAUUAUCGGUGGGUCAGCCUAUUUUUGCAAGGGGCUUCGUGUAGCGGCUUGUCGUGCAAUACGUGCAUGUGAAGAAUGAGUGUGUGUUAAUGUGCGAGUGAGUGUGUUGACUCGUCCACCACGGCGCAGGAUCUCUCUCCCUCCCUCCCUCUAGUGCUUCCGCGGAAGAACGCUUCUCUGCUGUCCGCUAAAGAUGGAGUUAUCCGCGGCAGGGGACCGUGUGUUUGCCGCUGAGGCCAUCCUGAAGCGUCGCAUCCGCAAGGGGCGAAUGGAGUACCUGGUGAAAUGGAAAGGAUGGGCAAUAAAGUACAGCACAUGGGAACCGGAAGAAAAUAUACUAGACGAACGGCUCGUUGCAGCAUUUGAACAAAAAGAACGAGAACAAGAGAUGUUUGGACCAAAGAAGAGAGGCCCUAAACCUAAAACAUUGCUUUUGAAGUCGAGAGCACAAGCUGUGGAGACCAUCCCACGAAUCCCGGAGUUCAAGCACAGUCGUCCUCAGCAACAUUCCAAAAUUCCUCCCCCCUCCAUCACACCAACAUACACUCCCAGUGUCCCAUCCAACGCCAAACUUCAGUCAGGUGCCGCUCAACCCAAACUGAAGAAAGACAUUCACCGCUGUCAUCGUAUGGCUCGCCGCCCCCUGCCCCGCCCGGACCCCACCGCUCAAGCGGUCGGCUCCUCCGGUCUUUUCUCCUCUCGGCCGACAGUCAGUCCGUUCUCUGAAACGGUCCGCAUUCUGAACCGGAAAGUCAAACCCAGAGAGGUGAAGAAGGGCCGAGUCAUUUUAAACCUUAAAGUACUUGACAAGGCUGGAAAUAGUGGAGUUGCCAACAGUAAAAGGACACAUAUGCUAAGCUCUGUCCACCAAUCCCAUUUUGGGCGUCAGAAAAUUCCAUCUCGAAAUAGGGUGAUUGGGAAAAACAGGCGCUUUGGUGAGGUGACCUAUCAGAGUAUCCGACCCCCUAUUAGGAAUUCUGGGUUUCCUGUUUUCGGAAAACUCUUCGGUUCUGACUCACUUAAGGUGGACAGCCAGUCUCAACGGAUAGAUAGCCGCAACGGUGCGCCAAACAAUGGCCUGUCUUCAUCAUCUUCCUCUUCCCAAAGUUCAAAGGUCCAGAACUCAGAGUUUUCCAAAAGUCAGACUCUUAAUGAUGAACUGCCACCUUCUGUCUCAAGCUCAGAGGUUUCAGAUGGUGAGCCACCCUCUCCACCACAAAACCAAUCCCAACGUUCCUCAUUGACAUCCAAGCCUUCCACGACGAUUGCCCAGGAUCCAGCGGUUCACAAACUCGCCUCUCAACCCACUUCGGGCGCAUCUGCUCUUCCAGCUUCUCCAAUGUUCUCUUCUUCAUCCUCUGCUUCGUCAUCCUCAGAAGACAACGAGCACAUCCUGGACCUUUCGGUGCCUCACGAAAUGGACAGGCGACUGCGGAGACGCCAUCCCUUUUCUAGUCGCCGAUCGCUUAAGGUCCCUGAGGUGCCCGUGUCGGAAGAGCCAUCAGAGGAGGAAGAUGUAGACUGGCAUCCUGACAUGACAUCUCGAUGUGCCAACGUGGUCGUCACGGACAUUACGGCUAAUCUUCUCACCGUCACGAUCAAAGAGUUCUGUCAUCCACCUUCCGCUACUUCUCCACCCUGCUACCCUAAAAAUACAUCAAGCAACACACAGCCAAAGCACCAACCUAACAAAACAUGAAUGCAGACACCACAGAUGUAGCCUUCUGCAACUUUCACAAAGUAUAUUAGGGAAUUUGUUAAGCUAAGCACGGAUUUACCAAUGCAUUCACAGAUGUGCCGAGCGACCUAUUGCAUGGUGUGCUGUAUAAUUUGUUUGCAGUAUUGAUUUAAUGUUCAACUGACUUCCUGCUUUAUAAAGGUUUCUGUUAACCAGCAUAAUUCUCCAUUAGUUGAAUAUAUAACACAUCAAAUUUCAGAGAGCAUAAUGAACUGUUUCACCGGGUAUUAGUGAGUAUCUGGUUACUACUAUAUUAGUGAAGCAGUAUAACAACCGUCUGUAGUAGGCCGCUUGACAUGCUCUGUAUUAUCUGGUGCAACUACCUGGCAAGUAUUUUAUCACUUUUCCUGCAACAAGGAUCUGAGGUUAUAGGUACAUAAUAAAAAUAGCUUUUAUUUUUCUUACUUUUAUUUUUACCUAGAAAUCUAAGGCCAUUUGUGCAUUUUGUAGAUGCUUUUGACUUCCGUGCAUUUAAAGCCACCAAAAAAUGAAAAUUCUUUCUUUCUAAAGAUAUUUUGAAGAAUGUUUAUAACCAAGCAGAUCUUGGGCAUCAUUAACUUUUAUAGUAGAAAAAAUAAUACUAUGGAAGUGAAUGGUGCCCCAGAUCUGUUUUUGUUCAUGUUUGUAACCGAGCAGAUUUGGGGCACCAUUCACUUGUAUAGUAGAAAAAGUAAUACUAUGGAACUGAAACGUGCCCCAGAUCUCUUUUAUUAAUGUUUGUAACUAAGCAGAUAUGGAGCAUCAUUGACUUCUAUAGUAAAAAAGAAUAUACUAUGGAAGCGAAUGGUGCCCCAGAUCUGUUUUUGUUAAUGUUUGUAACCGAGCAGAUAUGGGGCACCAUUCACUUCCAUAGUAGAAAGAAAUAAUACCAUGGAAGUGAAUGGUGCCCCAAAUCUCUUUUAUUAAUGUUUGUAACCAAGCAGAUAUGGCACAUCAUUGACUUAUAAAGAAAAAAAUAAUACUAUGGAAGUGAAUGGUGCCCCAGAUCUCUUUUAUUAAUGUUUGUAACCGAGCAGAUAUGGCGCAUCAUUGACUUCUAAAGUAAAAAAUAAUACUAUGGAAGUGAAUGGUGCCCCAGAUCUGUUUUGUUAUUAACGUGUUUCAAAAUAUCUUAAUUUGUGUUUAGCAGAACAUAGAAAUGUAUACAGUUUUGUAACAACUUGAGGGUGAGUUAAUGAUGACAGAAUUUUCUUUACUUUUUUGUGAACUAUGCCUUUAAGGUGUCAGUAUUAUUAGUGAGAUAUGUGUGUGCAACCCAAUAUCACGAAAUUACGUACCUAUAGGCACGUAUGGACCAACGUGAACCAGUCACGUUUUGCCGCGUUUGAGCAUGAGCAUGUCACGCUUUUCUGUCACGUAUUGGUUACUCAACUUUUUUGUCCUAAUUUCUUACCAUUGUCGCUUCGGUUUAGGGUUAGAUUUACAUAAAAUGACAUCCCUACCCAAACCCAACUCUAACCCCAACGUCAGGCGACAAUUGGUUAAAGUUUAGAAAAUAUAAAAGAAUAAGUCUUGUAUGUUUUUUUUAAUAAACCAAUACUUAAAGUGACAAAUACUUAAAGUGACAUAUAACGCAAGCACCAAAUCUAACCCUUAACCGAAGCGACAAUGGUUUGAAAAUAGGACAAAAAAGUUGAGUAACCAAUAUGUGACAGUGACACAAACAGAAAAACGCGGCAAAACGUGACAUUUUCACGUUGGUCCAUACGUGCCUAUAGGUACGUAAUUUCGUGAGUGUGUGAGAUAGUGUUGUCAGCUCUACGUGUGCAACAAACUGAGCUACAGAAAGGCAACAGUAAGCUAUGAGUUUUAUAUUAUUUACUCAUUCAGAAUUUGGCUGUUAUUUACAGAAGUAUUCAUAUGGAGGUGUUUGUAGUAUAUUUUUGUUGUAUUUUUUUUCAAAGACAGUGUUUAAAAAAGUAAAAUUGUUGGUUUUUGAUGAAGUGCAUGAACGUCAAAGUCAAUGAGAUCAUCAAGCUGUCCUGCGUUCCCAAUUUAAGUGUACUUCGUUGAACGUGCACAACUUUGAAUCCAGGGAAAAGCCAGGUUUUGAUGUAGUAUUGACGUGCUUGGAAUAGUCUCUUGCCUCCGGAUAGACUAAUGAAAUCUGUUUAAUGAAAAGUUGAAACAAGCCAGUGGCUUUUUUUAAAGAAGAGAAGUCACAAGCGAGUCACACAAGCAUGAUGAAAUGGACAGUGAUGUCACUGAUAUGAACACUUUGACUGUGAGCCCAUGACACUUGUAUAGCAGUCAUUUCCAGUACAUAUUGGAGUGCCUUGUGCUAAAAAGCCCAACAAGCCUUUAUAGACCUUAUUUUAACGUAAAAUACUUCAUUAACUUUAAUAUAGUGUUGCAAUUCAGUGGAUCGUGAUUUUUAACAGCUUGUAUUCUAUGUUUGAAGUAUUUGUGAAAACAUGUUGUUGCCAUUCCAUGUUUUAUUUUUUUAUUUUAUACUUAUCAUAUUUGUUAUAACAUUAGAGAACAGGUGCCCAGUCCAUCUCUUUGCAGUUUUGUGCUCUUAUCCAACAUUGUUGGUCCUACAUCUUUGUCGCAAAGACUACAUUUUUUAAGCUCUCUGGCUUUCCUGUAAUCCCACUUAACACUCCAAGACUCGUGCAUAGGAAGGCGAUGAGAUUUUCGUCUCAAAAUCCCCAUCAGGAGAUUCGCUCUGAGUGCAGGGAAUCAUUCAGUUUAUCCCACGAAUCCUGCACUCAAGUUAUUUCUCCACAUCUGCUCGCAAUUUGGCUCAAACCUCCAUGAUUCAAAUGUUUUAAGGCCACAUUUUCUCGUGAGCCUGUACAGAAAACAAAUUUUGUCGUAAUCGAGUUGAUAGGAUAGCCAUACGUUCGGUUGUUUAUGUUUUCUUUCAAUUGUGAGGAAUUAAAAAUUCCUUAGCACUUAGAAUGCAUGUCCUAUAUUUAAAAUGACAAAAAACGAAUGCACUUGUGAUUUCGCGCAAAUAAGAAGUGUUUGGAUAUGUAAAUAUUUUGAAAUGAAUCAUUUUAUGUCCUGUUUUGUGUCAUUUUAUUUGAGUGAAGUUUGAAUAUAUGAAAUGGAUUUAUGCAGAUCUCAUGCACGUUAUGCAGAGCGCUCAAGCUGUGUUUCCCACAACUUUGUAAUAUAAACCAUUGUGUGACUCUUAAACACUCAGUUUUUGUUUAUCUUCACUCUUUUCUCACUUUUUAGUCAACUGAAACUAUUCAGCACACACAAAAUACUAUUAAUGCACAUUGGUGUAUAUUGUUUGUCUGCUGUACAUACAGAUUGACCAUCAGUGUUUUGACAUUGAUCUGAUUUCAGUAGUGAAUCAAAAUACAUUUUUCCCUCUAUAAGUGUUGGGAUUUAAACUCCUCUACUCGUCUAAUUGUGUUUUAAUAUAAAUACUGAUCAUUUUUAACCUUGCCUGAACACUUUUUUUGUUCUUUUUCUGUGAUUCAUGCAAUCAGCGUCCUCUAAUUUGUUUAAUCUGUUGUUAUUGUAAAAAUAUUUUUUGCAUAAUACCCGUAUGCUUUUUUAAAGAAAUCUGGCCAUAGCAGAAUUAUAAUUAUUUUUUAUUGCUUUGAUUAUGUAUUGUGUACAGAUUUGUAACUGACCGAGUGUUAAAAUGGCGAUUUUUGUAAUGUCUUGAAGUAGUGUCUAGCCAAGCUGGCCCGGUUUUAAUAAAGGAAUUGCAUUUGUGAUUUUUGCAAGGAA